UCUUCCAGUUCGCUUGGACCAGCUGAUGUCGUCGAGAAAGGAACACAAUCUUUCUGCUGUUCGCCUACCGGUCAGACGAGGACUUCAUAAAGAUCUAUGGGAUGGAUCUAUGGAUCUAUUUGAAAGUUGGGCGCCAAUAUUGUUAUGUCCCAAAAUAGGACUACGUGUGUCCGCAAGUGGGCAGCGCCGGCUAGCUCUAGAGCACUUGGGGUCACAGGACGCCAUCAGAUAUAUUGUGGGCUUUUGGGGGCAAACCGUAGCAGCCGUAGAUGUCUCCGACUGCCCCUUGGACCGGUCACCGGCUUCAGCUUCCCGUAAGGAAACCCAUCAACCACCGCCCGCUGGGUGCAACAGUCACACCAAGGGAUUUACGUAGACGGGUUGACUGGUCUGUUUUCUUUAUUUCGGUCCCUACCUAAAAGAGCUCUCUUAAGCGGAUCCCAGACCCGAGGAUAACACACGAACCUAUUCUACGCGGUCGCUGGAGAGGAUUCCCCGUGGGAUUAACAAGUGCUUGGCUUUGACGGUUUAAAUGUCAAGCCUCGCCCAGAAGGAGCGAUAAAUUGCAAAAACUAUCAGAUACAAAUGUGAAAAAAAACACUCGCCGUGAAUUAUUCACAUCCGGCAAUAAACAGUUUAAAAUUUGUGAUAUAAUAAAUAAAUAAUAGUGCAAUAUGGGUAGUG